GUCCACCCCUUGCUCUUCUUUUCAAAACUUUAUCUUUAUCGAAGCUGUGUUUCUGAGCGAAGGUAGCAGCGUCAAAAGCGAUUUACAAACUAUGGUGGUUUGGAGUCAUGCUGGGUCUACUAUGAUUAUCUGACUAGUGCCCAGAAUCUGGAUUGGGCUUGAAAGAGGAGAGGAGAAGAACAUUGUAAGGCUAGUGGAAUACUUUCUGUGCCUUCCAGUUUCUAGGUGUAUACAGGCCCUGUCCCGGCAGAGAGAGAGCCUCCGAUGGCGCGGAAUGAGACCUCCCCAAACAGGGCACAACAGGCUGGCCACCAGCGUCCCAACACCUGCUGCUUUUGCUGGUGCUGCUGUUGUAGCUGCUCAUGUCUUACUGUUAGGAAUGAAGAUGAGAACCGGACACGAAGGAAGUCCCAGGAGACCAAGCUGGAGACCAUACCAAACUGUGAAGCUUGCACCAAACCAUCAACAGAGGAGAUGCGCAUUUGGGCACAGUCCUUUGACAAGCUGAUGAAAAAUCCAGCAGGAAGAAACGUCUUCAGGGAAUUCUUAAGGACUGAGUACAGUGAGGAGAACAUGCUGUUUUGGUUGGCUUGUGAAGACCUCAAGAAAGAAAUCAACAAAUCGGUCAUUGAAGAGAAAGCACGGAUGAUCUAUGAGGAUUACAUUUCCAUACUCUCACCCAAGGAGGUAAGCCUUGAUUCAAGAGUCCGUGAAGUCAUUAACAGGAAAAUGCAGGAGCCCACCUCUCAAACAUUUGAAGAUGCGCAGCUUCAAAUUUACACCCUAAUGCACAGAGACUCCUACCCUAGGUUUCUGAACUCGCCUAUAUACAAGUCACUGCUUCAGAGUGGUUCUCGUUCCUCCUCAGAGUCAUAGGCCCCCUCUCUCCACUGCACAACCACUAAGGAGAAUCCAGAUCCUUAUGGAUUUUAUUUUUUACCCCUUUUUAACUUGCCAUGUUGGAAUUGCUGAUCUACAGACUAACUGGAAGAAACAGGGUCAUCACAUGAUAUUCUUCUAUCAUUCCACUACUAUGCGUACAGCUACUACAGCGUUUACUACUGAUUUUUAUUCUUUUUUUUUUCCCUGAUGCCACACGAAUGGAGGAGAACUGUAAAGAACGCUGCAAUAAGACGCUGGAGCCUAUUAAAAGUUCUAAAACGGUGGUAGAGCUGAUCACCGCUGGCCUUUUACUCUUGUGAACCUGACCUUUCCACUGUCUUUCUGGUGUGUUUGUUGAUGUUGAUGAGGUGGGAGUUUAAAUUGACCUGAACUAGGGGUGGGGCUGCCAGCGAUUGUUUACAAAGCUAAAGAAAGGACGAUUAGGGUUUACCGUGCUAAAAUGCAUCCCAGUGUCAAGUAGACAAUGCCACUGUUUAAUACAUGUACUCAUAUUCGGGGUGUAUAAAUCAGUUUGGAACAUCAAGCUUUGCAGUCCAGCUAAUUCAUUAUGAAAGAAGCCCAUAUUCUGUGGAAUAUUCUGUGGAAAAUUAUGUCAAAGGCUCUAAUUUCUGAGGUGAGGUGCUAUAGAGCUUCUAGCUCCCACACUUACUGUAACUGAUCCCUUCCCAAAACACAUAGGGGAUAAAAUAUCGAAUGACGGCUGUUUUUUGUUGCUGCUGUUGUUGUUGUUGUUGUGCAUGGUUUAGCUGUUUAAUUGUCUAAAAAAAUCAAAGAUUAUUUUUUUCAGGUCAUUUUAAAAUGUUAAAUACUAUUUGAGCUGGUGAAGAAUAAACAUCAGCAGCAGCCUUUGGAUCAGAAGGCUUUAGCUGCAGUAGAGUCACCCAGUGGAAAGCAACUACUUUCAAACAAAGUACAGCCAGUAAACUAGCGUUUUAUGGUCAUUAUCACUCGUGUUGCGGACAGCAGUCUGGCAUGGGCAUACUGAAGGUACCUCAUGCUGCGUUGCGAGAAUUGCUAGACUGGAUUCCACAGAACCAAGAAGGCAGGGUCUUUCAUAAUAAAUGACACUUGCAACUGCUUACUUAGUUUACGGAUUGGGUUUGUGCACAGUCAGAUUCUAUCAAAGUUUAAAAAAGGUUGCAAAGAGAAUAUUUGACAAGAUAGCCAAAUAACGAAAGACCACCAAAGGGGUGUUUUAGUUAAAGUUUUAAUAGUGUUACUCUUACAUGGAUCAAAGGUGUAAAAGUGGGCAAAAUGAUUUUAAUGUAUUCAUUUUUAAAUUAAAUUCACCUGAGGCAUUUGUUCCCUAUUAAAUGCAUAUGUGUAUGCAGCUGUGUGUAUGUGUAUAUACAUAGAAUAUGUAUCUUACAUAGAACACCUCUCAGGGUUAUGGUGUCUUUUAAGAGCAAGCAGUCGGCAAGAAUUAUGGGAAUGUAAAUAUUAAUUUGCUCUGUCCCUUUCACAGCAUUAGAAAGCGGAUCCUUUUAGGAAGACUUUUAGACAAGGCAGAAACAGAAGUAUGUGUAGACAGUUCAGCUUUCAAGCAUCUUGAAAUGGCCAGAGAUAAUUAAUAAUCAAAUUCCAAUUAUGUAUAUCAUAUAUAUAUAUGCACAGUGUAUAUACAUAUAAUGUACUGUAUGUGUGUUCCUGAGUGUAGAUUGGUACUCAUAAUCAGUAUGAUAAAUUAGGGACAUACCAUUGUUGCUGUUCCAGUUUGCUAUCCACUGCUCUGUUGGAGAGAGGUGAUUGUACAUCUGGCACUGUACCCAGUUCUUGAAAUAUUAUUCAUAUAACCUAUACGUCCUUUGAAAUCAUUCUGUCGAUAUGCACUAACACGUUUUCAUGUGUUUCUGCAGCAUAAAUCUGAGGGCAACUGUAUUACCUCCAGCUCUUGCGAAGCUUUUGAUAUAAUUCUUGACGAUAUCAGAAAGGAACAUUUUUUAGGCAUCUCUCCUUAACGGAUGACGUUCAGUAAGUCUUCUUUCCCAUAAUGUGCCUCAGUCCCGACACAGUGGGAUCACUUCUGUGGAAGGAAGAGCCUUAUAUUUUAAUUAGCAGUGUGCAUCAGGCUGAUAUUGACAAGAAAUACAUAUCAGUUAUUAGUUAAACCUGACAGAUAAGCCUUGCUGAGUUACCAAAUAGUUACAGUUUACCCAGUCAUACAUUUUCUGCAUCUUUUAUACAGAUCACAAUGUGGUUUUUUAAGGUAUAUUUAUUGUACUAUGUACAAAGGGAGGUAAAAAAACAUUUUUUCUGUACCGAUCCCGUGUUUUAAGUGAACAUUGCUCCAUACCUAAGAAAUGACCUUUGGCUAAUUUGCUACACUUACAUGUGCUUAAAAAUUGACCAGCCAUUUAGAAAAUAUAUAUAUGUGUAUUCUAAAACCACUUGUAUAGAUUUAUUGUCAGAGAAAUUUUUUUGUUAUUUUCUUCAAAAAAAAGUGUAAUAUAUUUUUUACUUCACAGGCUACAACUUUGGCAUUUGAUUUGCCAAAAAAAAUGCCUUUAUCAGAUAAGGUAACUAAGACUAAAAUAAUCUUAAUUUUAUCUAAAUAUUUAUAAUGUUGCUGCUUCUGGGGGAUAUAGUGAUUAAUAGCUUUAUAUUUCUAAGCCCUUGCAAGUUUAUAUUACACUGUGGUUGAGCUCUGCAACUUUUUUCCAAUUCUUUACUUUUCUUAAAGAAUACCGGCUUACCACAAAAAACCUUCCUCUGAAAUUUUUCGUUUUUGCUUUAUUAAAUACAAGAAGUAUCGCAUGCAUUGUUUGUAAUUAUAACAUUGGAAAAAAAUAUUUUUUAGUACUUUGUCAAAUAAAACAGAGGCUUUCCUGUACAUUUGACACGAUUGCCCUGUUCUGUUACUUCAAGCCAUUAUCAGUUAGUACAUCCCCAGUAUACACUGAAGAUAGCCAAGAAUGCAUCAAGUGAAGAGUCUGGCUGUGUGUUCAUGCAGAGAUGAGAGAUGUUUGUGUAACGUUUACAACUGAGAAAAAAAAGCUUUUUAAGCAUUCUAAUUUGCAAUAUUCCUUGCAAAAAAAUUAAUAAUUUUUCAUUUUAGAACAGUUUUUUUUUAAUUUAAUGAGUAUUUAAAAAGAAGCGCUGCAAUUUUUAAUGCUCUUCUUUUAGAGUAACAAAUGCUUCGGGUGUAAAAUUAUUUUUCUGCUUUGAGGUUUAAAAUGAUGUGCAUCAUGAGAAUUUAUAUAUAUGUGUAUAUACAUUAAUUAUUAGAUAUAUAAACAUAUAUAUAUAUAUUUUGGGGGAUGAAUGCUAUGUUUACCAUGUUAAGUGAAGUGAUUGUUGCCUGUCCAGAAAGUGCAAGGUUUCUGUGAUUUUUGCUGAAGGCUUUUCAUGCCAUGAAGACCCUAUGCCCUUUAACAUAGUUUCUCGACACUCGAUGUACUCAGGAUCAUGAAGAGACUGCCAGUUUGGAGGCUUAGUUUCUAAUUGACUAUACAGCUGUGUUGGCUAGCUUUGUGAAAGCAGAGCAUUGUUGCGCCGUGUUUAGAAUGCAUGUUCUGUCACUCUCCAGAUGAUCUGACAGGUGGCUUGCAUCUCAUAUGGAAAAAUAUAAAAAUAAAAAGACAAAGAAACAGAGCUCCCUGUGGUUUCAUGUAAGAAAAUUAUUUUCCCAAAUCAGGAGAAUGGAUCUGUAGGCUAGACUCCCAAAUUUCAGUUAAUCUAACUUUAAAUACAAUGUUGAUCUGUGAUGGUGUGUGCGGUUUGGACUUGUACAGUAUAACUGUCUGGUUCAGAGAAGUUAGCUCCCUUCUCUAGCAUAUUGUUUGUUAAAAAAGGAAACCACACACUUUUGCACCUGUUCAAAAUGUUGAAUAAUGCCAAUAUACAUUGGUCAUCUUUCAAGGUGUAAAAAGUCUUUGGCAAGACACAGGACAUUGCUGUUGUUCAUUUAUUGUGAUCAUGAAAAAAGACUACUCCUUCAGGUCUAGAAAACAAUUACAUGCCAUUUAUAAACUAUUAGGCUCUCAAAUGUUGUUGGGUUCCAUUUGACUGUUUUCUGUCAAUAUAUCCAGACAAUGCCGUGUCUUACAGGUACAAUGUAUAGAACUUUUUUUGGUUGACUGUCUUUCUUUAGUUUGGUCUUGUGCUAUUACACGUUGAUUCGAAAUGUUCAGCAAAUAGCUACUUUCAUAUGAUUUCCAGUUUGGUGUAAUGAGAAAUUGCAGCACAGUUCAAUCUCUGUAGUUUCGUGUUAGUUAGUAAUCAUACCUGUAAUUCAUUGCCACUGCUGCUCUUAACUCUCACCCUGGAAUGGUGGGUAUUCAUCCUAAUACCGUAUGAGGUUUAUAACUGUUACUGUAUCUUUCCCUUUUGUGAACUAAAAAUGUUUUCACCAUAUUUGAGGAAGAAGUAAGAAAUUGAAAUAUAUAGAUAUGUUACAAAUCCAAAUAUAAUGUUGAUCCCUAGUUUUUGGUAUUUGAAAAAGGUUAGUAAACUUAAUAAGUUUUAGACAUAUUCUAAAUUGCACACAGAUAAAAAACGUUAUUUAACAAUGACUGAGAGAGGUGCUGAGAGACAAGCAGUUGCACAAUAAAGAGAAGCAAUUAUUCCAAGUGUUUAACAAACCUCAAGUUUACAUGAAGUGGGCAUUAAUUAUAACGCAUGGUACAGUUAUGGCGAAAUGUAGCUAAGGUGGCUCACUGUGUUAAAUUUUACCAACCCCCCCCCCCAUCCUCCUCCGACCCAAACCCCUGAUUCAGCAGUCAGCAACUGGCCUGGGGAUUUCUAGAUAACGGUGCUUUGAAAAUGCGUCAGGUGUCUAGUAUAUAUUUUUAAGACAUUCAUGUUUUUAUAAACUGUGAAAUUAUUAUUAGCAGUAAACAAGUUUAACCAAAAGUGGUUAUUUGUACUUUUUUUUCCCUCUGGCUUAUUUAUGUUUUGUUAAAAAUUCUCAUUUGUCCAGGUGAGCAGCCAAUUUUGCGCCUUAUUUUAAAGGAGAUGGUUGAAAUCUACACCAGCCCAAUCAGCUUCCUUUCCUCUCUCUCUUUUGAGCCUUCCUGGCUGCACGUUGUGGCGUAUGCUUUUGAGAAGCCUUGUUUAGAAGGGUUUGCAGGUUACAUGCAUGAGGUCAGAGUGCCAUAGAAAGUGUUUUUCAACCGAUUUCAGUCUUCUGUGUCAGACUUUUGAACAGUUAUUUAUUAGUGUUCUUUUUUUAUCAUGUUUGAAAUACAUGGAUGAACUACAGGACCAAAUUUUUAUUUUUUUAAUUUGUAUUAAUCUGUUGCAAGGGUCUAUAAGCAACCCAGGUAUGUUCAUAAAUUUCGUAGUUACUGCUCCACUUUUCCAGUCGGUUGUAUUGAGGCCUAAGAUAACAUAAGACCUCGGAAUUAUCAUUAACCUAGACUGGGAUGACCUGUAAGUCUACAUAAUGGUGGAUAAAAUUUGCAAAUAUCUGUUUAAUUAUUCAAAUAAAAAAAAAUGUUUUAUUCACAUAUGCUGUACAGGAUGCUCUUUGCUUCAGAAAUGUCUGGAAGUGAAACCAAUUUUAUGUACAAAGUUGAAAGGUAACUAGUGAAACUUGAUCUUUAACAAUAAAAGGCAAACAAUGGACAAGGAUUUCUAGGUACAAUCAAAACUUUUGUAAAAAAAAAGCCAACAAAAUACGGUUCAUUUUUUUAAUGAAUAGUUUGUGUGUUAAUAAUACAAUCAAUAAGGUUAUUUUUGCUGGGGGGGAACAAUUUUUCCCUUCUGUUGAAUUAAUAUUCUUAACCCUUUCCUUGAGUUUUACAGUUGUGAAUGUUCCUUUUGGCUUGUUUUGUUGUUUUUUUUUUAUUUGCAGUGAGUCGACUAUUGUAUAAGUGCUUUUAGGUUACAUUUUAAUUGGAUCAAUAGACAUCACAUUACAAAUGAGCUCAGUCUUUCACUGGCCCUAUCCAAAAACAUUGGAUAUACUGUAGAACCUGGGAGCAUUAGAUCUAUAAAAAUAACAGGAAGAUUAUAGAUAUGCAGGAGACCAUACACAUGGUGUGUCACAGGGCUUCGGCAAACAGCCCUUCCCAGAUCUCCACCGUUGUCAAGUAAACUCUCCCUUCCAGGAAUCUGUCCCUUUUCUGCCCAGUGGCACAAACACACGUGGGUUCAAAUUGUAACAACCACUGUCACUUACCAGUACACUUUUCUCCACAGGUGCAAAGGCUUACAACAAUGGCAUAAAAAGCAUGACAUUUCAAAACCAGUUUUUUUCCUACCUUUCAAGACUGCUCUCAAGAAACUAGCGGCCUUGAAGUACAAUGACCCUUUAGAAAGAAUCUUUUUUUAAUCAAAAUUGGAUAUGUAAAUAUACUGUAUUAGACAUGAACCGAUGGUAAAAAUUCAAAAUAUUUCCACUUAUUGAACCAGAUAAUAAAAUAAACUUGUAGUAAACAAUGUAGAUUACAAUUUUAAACUCAUUUUGGGGGGUUAUGGAUUUGAUAAUUAAUGUUUUAAAAUACCUGUUAGCCAUUUGCACCAUGGUGUGAGAGAAGCUGCCUUAUGGAGGAAAGCUCAGUGAAGUGAAAGAGCCACUUUGCAUUGUCUGGUGUGCAAAAAAUUUCUUUGAUAGCUUCCAGCAUUCAUAAAACUUUUCCUUGGUUACUGAACUGCAAACAGACAGAACUGAUAUAAACCAUAUUUUUGAAAGAUCUGUUUCUGUCAUAGUUUAAAUGCUGCCUGUGCAGUUCCUAUAUUUUCCAUCUCUUUUCCUUGGACACAAUAUCUGUAAUAGGGAAUAGGUCACAGUUAGAUCUUUGCUCUUCAUGGAGAAAAUCUCAUUCAUCCCCUAUUAACCUCAUCCCACAUUCCAACAGGGCCAGAGCUUAACUGCAAAGCAAGCAGUGCAAGUGCCUCAGUAACAACAAUAUUAAGUAUCCUUUCAACUGCAUUAAGACAGAUUUGAUGUGUUAUUACUGUAAUAGCUCUAUUCAGACUGAAGUUUAACUUGGUUUGUGCUGUUUUAUUUUCAAACCGCUGUUCCUAUCUGUGGCUAAUUGCAACAAAUUCCAAAUGAGUUUGGCAUGGGCAUUGUCAUCGGGCACACCCUAGUUUGGGGAAGCCAUUAACCUACGCAAGUUUGUUUUCUACAUUUUCUGCCAAGACAGGCAAGUGUCUAUGGGACUCAGAAUGGUACCAUCUACUAGUCUCGUAAUUUAUUUAUUUUUUGUCACUUGUAAAACAUUCACCCCAAAAGUCCCAAAACCAUUAAUGAUACAUUUCAGUUUUUAAAUUAAUAUAAUUCAGUCGCUGAACUGUGGUGAGGCACUUAGCCUAGACAAGGAGAACAUACUAUUGGAUGUGACGUUUUCCGCUAAGAUUUCAAACCUCAGACUUUGAAGGCUUAACUUAUGACAGGCUUUUACACUGAUGAACCGCUGUAUGUCACUAUGUAAGCAUCUAGGCUGUGUUGCAAAAAAAGUGUUCUGAGCAAUGUAGGCCCUUUUUUUUGUUAUACUGUAUAACAUACUGUAGAGUGAUCUGUUCUUGGCACUGGUCAUUGUUCCACUUGUAUAAAAUAUAGCAAGACUAUAACCUCUGUAGAUGAAAUGUUUCAUUCAUAAUAUCUAAAAUGUAGCCAAAGUCUUGCUCUUUCCAACGGUGGCAACUCCUUACUACUGUAUUACUGGAUUUGAAAAGCCUGUGUAAUUCACUGAUGUCUAAAACAGAUAAUUUAAAAAGAUAUUUAAAAAAUGAAUUCUACCCUGCAUUCAUUUUUAAGCUAUUCAAAUUUGCUCUGCACAGAAUUAUAAAAAAUAACGGUCAUAGUUUUGCUGUCAUUAAGGGCUCCUUAUUUUCCAUUUUCCUUCCAAGACAUAACAUAAAAAUGUUUGCUUCAUUCAUGAAUACGUCAUUUUGACACUGCUCUUAUUCAUCUUGAGAGAUUCAUUGUUUCAUUAAUGGAACAAGAAAUGAAGUUUCAAAACACCUGUGCAUAAUGCAAAAAAAGAAUGUAUUCCAAUUCAUGCAGGGUAAAAUGCAUUUUUAAUGCAUACAUAUUAUAUUAAACAGGAAUCCACUCUUAAAAAGCUGUGACUGCAUGUUUCAUAAUUAUUCUGUACCAUUCAAAAUUUUUAGGAAGCAUUUAUGAUGUUUUUAUCCUCUGAAACACCAGUUUUCCCUGAUUGUUUUACAGUGGUGUAUGUUUAAGUGCCCAAAAACUUUCUUGACUGCUGUAAUAGGUAUGUUAUGUAUUGUAUGUUGGAUUGCAGCAAGUUUUUAACUUUGAUUUAGUAUCAACAUUUUUUGGGGGAAAUUAUACUUGUAGCAGAUUAAGCUGUGCCAAUUACAAUAUCAUACAUUUCGGGCUUAAAAUGUAUUUGAACCUAAAUGUAUAUUUGUGCAAAAGUAAAUGUUAAAAUUGAACCCUGGCUUGAAGAAUGUACUUAAUCGAAGUUCUGGGAAGUUGUUUGUUAUUCUGGAAAGACAUGGCUGCCCUAGGGUAUUAAGUUUACAAUUGCAGACAUUCUUCAAUUAAAAUGCCUCCAGAGGUUUUUUUUAUCAACCUUGUGUAUUGUAUGAGUUCACCUUAACUCAUGCAAUUUGGUAAUUGUACUUGGUUUUUAUUUCAAUUGAGCUGCAUGAAAUUUUAAUACACUUUACUGAGGAGUAUGUUUUAAAACAAAAAGAAGUAUUUACAUUGAAAUGUGUUGAUUCAGGGGAAUGGACACUGCAGCUUUCGAAGCUUUUCUUAAUUUUGCUGCUAAAUUCCCUGGUCAGGACCGAUUUACUGAAAUUAUUUACGGGGAAGUCAUUUUUUUUUACAAAUUACUUUUAUUUAGACCCCUUUCUUAUUUUAUAACCAUACCCACCCCCCCACACACACACACCCUUACAGGACCUAUUGUAGUUUUGCACCUUGUAAACUUUUGUUUCUACUGUUUGAAAAAAAAAUAAAAUUUAAAGUUAACUAAA